UAUGAAUAAGUAUCCGAAACUAAAGAAACAGGAUGAAGAGCAUCCUUUCGGGCUUCCUUGGUUAGAUAGUUGCUAUCAGCAAACUCUACUACCUUCUUCACCUUGGUGGAAGGUUUCAGAUAAAAUUAAUGCUUCGUUUGUCAAAAAACUUCCACCAUUUUUUGUCAAUGAAAAACAAAAGCAAAUGACUUUUUCUUUACUUGGUUCUAAUUUUGUCAGAUCGCAUUUUCCUAAUGAUGAAUUUAAGCUAAGUGUUUUGGAUGAAAUAUCAAUAAAAGAACAUCACGAACUUCAAGUUAAAGUUCAAGAAUUUCUUAAAAAAUCACUUGAGGAGUCUUGUCAAGAAGCUAAGUGCCAAAGACCUUUGGAACAUCCAAAAAUUUCGGAUGAAAUGUCUACUUUUCUUACCCACACCAAUCGUCAAGUUGUAAAAAUAUCAUUAGAGCGUCAUUUAGCCAUGCAGGAAAGAGAAGUUUGGUCGGCGAGGAAGAGUAAGGAAAUUGCCCGCUUAAGGGAAGAGGCCAAACAACGUAAUUCCAGGUCAAAAUGGAAAAAUAAAUCAGCAACGAAGGGGAUAUUGAAAGGAUCAACACGUUCCUUAUCUGUCAAUUCUUUAUCCACCAUUUCGACACUCGAACCAAUAGAACCAUCGGCUUAUUGGGGAAUGGAAAGUAAUUCCAUUUCAAGAUCUUUAGUUUUUAUCUUGAAACGAGAUCCUUCAAGGUUUGCCGAGAUUGUCAAAUCUUUAAAAGGAUAUAGAUUACCUCCAUCCCUACGAAGUUAUAUUUGGCUAGACGUUUUAUAUAAACAUCAUCGUCGGAAAUAUGAAGGAGUUAAUGUUGAGCAUUUAGUAAGGGAGAAAUUUGGAAGAGCAAUAUCGAGAAGAGUAAGCGAAUUAAAGAUAAAAAGAGCUACUCAUUCUCCUAUUAGUGCACUUAUUGACAAUGUUGUGAUCCAAAUUUAUGAUACCACUCCCGGAUUACAGUGUGCAAUUGAUAGCAAUGAACAUAUGAGAGAAGCGGCUAGGACCCUUAAUUGUCUCUACGUGUACGAUGGUAGCUAUGAACCUUAUCUAGUUUGUUGGCUUUUCCCGAUACAGCUAGCCUUUUUUGAGGAACAAGCCGAAAGCGAACAUGUCUAUGAAUUGGCGAUGUACCUGGAUUUGCUCAAUCAAACAUUAUAUCCUAAAUGGCCUAAUGUAUUUGCUAUGGCAGACAAUUGUUUAAGAAGAUUAAAGAAAAAGGAUCCAAAAUUUGUAACUCAUUUAAAAGAUAUAGGAAGCACUGUCAGUGAAUACGAAACGGAAGUCAACAGCUUUAGAAGGGAUUUUAUGAUUCAAUUGAUGAUGUCUGAGAGGACGAAAGCAGAAGAUUUCCUCAAAUCUGAUCCAUCUUCUAAGAAAUCGCUUCAAAUGUCCCGUGAUAUAUUUGGAGAUCCAUUGAUCUUUAUUCGUAAAUGGAUUGGGGAAGGCUUUGUAACCGUUUUAGAUUGCCCAGCCAUAAUGUGGAGUUGGGAUCAAUUUAUGAUGCAGGGUUGGGAUAAUAAGGCUAUAGAAGAUCUAUGCUUGGCCUUACUUAUGCUUUUAAAGCAUAAAUUUCUGGAAGCAAAACACUAUCUUGAAAUGAAAGCCGUCUUUUUCGGUGAGCCUUGCAAACUAUAUACGAAUGACAUAAUACGCGCUUGGAAACAUUUACAAAAUGAUGAAGAUUUGCUAGAAGUCCCUCAAAUGAAUCAACUUGGUUCUCUCAUCGCAGAAAGUGUCUCACCAUUAUCAACAGCAGUGCCUUCUACAGCUCCUCCUUCACCAGUUAAAUCACCUACACCUAUUGUUGGAACUCUCCCGGCCAGCGGCGUUAAAAAACUAAUAGCUUAUCUAAGAGUUGGUUCAAAUGCCAUAAAAAGUAAUAGUUGGUUGAAGAAUUUACAUUUUGGUAAAAUAAAAGGACUUACGUCAGUAUUUUUCGGUUCGACUAAGCUCCGUUCGCGAUCAUCAAAUAUUGAAGCAACUGUUAAUGAACCUAAAUACGAACCUGAUGGUUCAAUUGUAUAUACCGUAUCUUUUGAAAGAGAAAAGUGGAUAUCUGAGAGCAUCAAUCUCUCAGAAUAUGAUUUAAAAGAUACUGGUGAAGAUUUAAAACCCUUUUUGAUUCUUCGCUUAGACUUUUAUCAAGCUGGCGAUACCAAUCUAAGUGCUAAAGUUCCUCUAGGAUGGGGCCAGGUCAAUGCUUUCAAACAAGAAGAGGGAGAGUGGGUAUUAAAUGAAGGAGAUGUUAGCAUAGAUAUACAUUCUGGACCAGUUCCUGAGACAGAAAUUCUUUCAUCACCAAGGUCUAAUCCAUCCGACAUUCUUUCAUCAGGAUCUAUUCUGAAAUCGAUUGUAUUUGAUCCUAGAACUGAAAGGCCUUCGCCGGUUCCACGGAGAUUGUCAACACCAACUCCAGCUCCUCAUAGAACACCUUCUCCCUUGGAAGAAAAUAUCAAGAAUAAUGAACCAUUUGAUUUAUAUAUAGAUAGAGUUGAUUAUAUCCCUGAUACAGCAACAAUUAUCCGAAUUAAUGGAGAUAUGAUUGAUCAUGGAACAGACACUCGAGAUUGGAAGAUAAAGGCAGUUCCAAUACUGGAUUCUUCAAGCAGAUCUCCUGUUUUUCAAUAUAAGCGACAUUGUAAUAGUCAAAAGGCUACUGUCAAUUCCAAAUGCAUUCUAUUUCUUAGGAUUUAUACUGUGGAUGCUGACGACUCCAGUCUUAAAGUGAUAGGUAAUUCCGCAUUUGAGCCAUUCGAUGAAAACAAUAAUCUAAAAGUAGGCGCACAUUCUUUGGAGUUACACGGCGGUAGACCAGAAGGGAAUCCUUUAGAUAUUUUAAAAGAAGCUAUGGUUCCAGCCACUCGCAUUCUUUUAAGACUAACAAAACAUCAACCUGGAACUCCCUCUACUCCACCACCUACAGCUCGUUAUAAACGCUAUACUGGCUUUAACAAAUCAGAAAUGAAUGUUAUAAAGAGUUAUAAUGAAGAUAGAAAUAAAACUGUUCGAGAAGCUAUAAUUGAACUUCAAAAGAAGGAAAAUACACAUCUAACUUCUAAUAAAAAUUCUGAUUUGAUACUUUGGCUUACAGAUAGACUAGAUAGAGAAAAAAUGAAUAUGACAAAUCCUGCUGAUAAUAUUGAUGUAUCGAAAUGUGUGCGUUACAGAAUAUCUGCUGGACUAAAUGUGAAAAUUAUUGCAGCCUAUGGAUUACCUGAUAAAAUGUGUCAAGUAUAUGGAAGAGUUCAUAGGGGUACGAGAGCUCAAGAACUCCCACCCACUGAGGAAGGUUACGGAAGAAACGAUCAGCUUGUGUCUAUGAAGUAUAAUUUGAGCAGUUUUCGAAGAUCGCCGAAAUGGAAUGACAAUCCCAACAUUAAACAUCCUCAUUUUGAUUUAUAUAGUAUGAUUCUCUUUCAAAUAUUUGCAUUAGAAGUGGUAUAUAUACCAAGUGAAGAUCAUCAAACGAUUGGAGUGGUCAAGUCCGCAGAAGGUGACCCUGACGCAGACAUAGGCUUGACGAUGAUAGGUUGGACGAUAAUGCCACUUUUCGAUGAGAAUGGAGUUGUGAGUCAUGGUGAAUACCAUUUACCAUUAUUUAAAGAAAAUCCAGCAAAAGAAAUGCAGGAAGCAUUAAAGACGACCAAAGUUGCAGAUUAUUUAGCAGGGACGUCAUGGCCUCCUGAAAUGUUUAUGAGCGGCGCAAGUGUAGUCGUAAAACUGUGGGAUGGCCAUUUUGAAGAGCAAGACUUACCCGAGAAAUUAGCGAGAAACGAUCUUCUAUUGUCAUCUGUAGGUGCGCUUGAUGAAUGUAGGUCUGUAGAGGAGAGACCAGCAGAAGGAUCUACCUUCUUAGACUUAGUUAAAGAGAGUUUAAAGGAAUCUGAAAAGGGUAAUAGUGGUAUUUUACAAAAGGAGACGAAAUAUUACGAAGAAGCAAUAGGGAAAACUUUUUAUGAUACCAUCGAAAUGGCUUUAAUGGAAAUGGGUCAACCUCCCCUGUAA